AUGCGUAUUCUCAUGAGCGCCUUCCGCCUGCCAUGGGAUCGGCAAGUGGCCGGAGAGACAUACGGCGCAGUUGUACCCUCUGCUGCCGCCGUCGCUGCCGCCGUCGCCAUCGCCGUCGCCAUCGCCGUCGCCAUCGCCGUUGCCGUGACGCACUCCGAUAUCGCUCAAUGCAAGAGAUGUUUUACUUCGAUAGAUUUACGAGCAGCGAUGGCGACGACUGAACUCCGGCUUCUACCAACCCUCCCCCCCCAACGACCAAUCUCCCUGACGACCUUAGAACCUUACCAACGACCUUCCCUCGCCGAUGAACUAAUAAGCUCAACAACCUCAUCAAUCCACACCGACGACCCGCCUCACCAACUACCACACUCCCUGACGACUUUAGAACCUCGCCAACGACCGGACAACCUCGCCGACGACCGAACAGCAUCGCCAACGACCGAACAACCUCGCCGACGACCGAACAGCAUCGCCAACGACCGAACAACCUCGCCGACGACCGAACAGCAUCGCCAACGACCGAACAACCUCGCCGACGACCGAACAACAUCGCCAACGACCGAACAACCUCGCCGACGACCGAACAGCAUCGCCAACGACCGAACAACCUCGCCGACGACCGAACAACCUCGCCGACGACCGAACAACCUCGCCGACGACCGAACAACCUCGCCGACGACCGAACAACCUCGCCGACGACCGAACAGCAUCGCCAACGACCGAACAACCUCGCCGACGACCGAACAACAUCGCCAACGACCGAACAACCUCGCCGACGACCGAACAGCAUCGCCAACGACCGAACAACCUCGCCGACGACCGAACAACCUCGCCGACGACCGAACAACCUCGCCGACGACCGAACAACCUCGCUAA